CUGGUUUGCCACAGAGUUCCAGAUCUGGGUCGGAAUGCAUUACUUGGUACAUUUCUUGAAUCUGCUCUGGCGUACGUGCUGUCGAAAUGGAUAUAAAAGGAGGACCGAAUAUCUUCUCGGAGGUAAUAUCACUUCUGCAGAGAUCCUUCUUACCGAUACAACCCCCUGAACGACAAAUCUUUGCCUUUCUACCCAAUAAAUCUGAACAAUGUCACACCCCUCCAGUGAAUACGACCUUGGAUACCAGGAAGACGAAAAGUCCAUAAUGUCAACACAUUCACCUCUUGCACCCAAUCCUUUUACCGGACCACCGUUCCCAGGUCAUUCACCUUUUGUACCCAACCCUUUUGCCGGACCACCGUUCCCAGGUCAUUCACCUUUUGUACCCAAUCCUUAUGCCGGACCAUCGUUCCAAGGACAUUCACUGCCUGACUUCCCACCUCCUGAAUCAAUCAUGAUAGAUAUAGCGAAUUAUCCCUGCAUGUCGGAAAGAUUGCGAAGACAGGUUUACUAAGGACGGUUUCCAGUAUAUGGUCUCAAUGCUCAAAGGGCGUGAACUGCCGGCAGUCUUUGAAUAUGGAGGAAAACAAUAUCGUUUCCUACAGCACUACUACAUUGACCUACUCCGGUACUGGGCCACGGGGCUCUAAUCUCGAUAUUCCCAGUGUUGGCCAACAAUUCUGGUAAUGAAGCUUGGAAUAAAGAGCGCAGAUCUUGGAUGAGGGGUAUCUCAGAGAGAUCGGAGUUAAGCCAACCAUUGAAAGCUCUGA